CGAGUGUACUGAGUUACUCCCAGGCGACGACGAGGGUAAAUACCAAGACUCGAAUAUGAGCGGGAAAUUACUCAGACCAGAAGACCAGCUGCUGAUAUACCGUCGUACAGGUCAUAGCCUUUGGUGCCAGUUCUCAGUAUAUAAAGAGCUUCCCCCUCGCCGCUUCUUGCUGUUGAUCCUCUCUGCCUCUAAACUUAUCUAUUACCAUCAACCAUCAACCAUCAACCAUCAACCAUCAACCAUCAACCAUCAACCACAUCGUACCAAACUUUCGACCUACCCCGAGCAAAGACACAGCUUUCUUUUACGACACAACCACCACGACCAGUACACUUACUUAUUACCGAUCUUCCCCUCUCAACUCCUAGACACCCAGAAAAUUAUCAUUCAUAUACCCUUAACCUCGACCACAACCGCCCGUCCAUCAUCCACCCUGCCAAUAAACCCAGACCUUUCCCACACUAAACAAGUAACCUCCCUCAAGAUGACCACCGCCGAGUACACCAACGCCGAGACGCGGAUAACCGAGAUCGACGCGCGGCAAUCCGCCAUCAACACCGCAGUCCACGGCUCCGACCUCGCCGGCCCCGAGCACGCGGACGCGCGCUGGGCGCUCAUCCAGGAGUACCAGGACCUGAGCAUCGAGAAGAAGGCGCUGAAGGAGCGGAUGGAGGAGAUAGAGGAGGAGGAGAAGGCGGAGGAAGAGGCGAAGAAGAAGGCCGAGGAGGAGGAGGCCAAGAAGAAGGCCGAGGAGGAGGAAGAGGCCAAGAAGAAGGCCGAGGAGGAGGCGGCGAAGUAG